AUGUCACUCCCCAGCGCCGAGCCCUGCUCCCCGGAGGAGCCCCGGGCGGAGGAGGAAGCGGCGCUGCCGCCCCCCGGCUCCGAGCCCGCCGCUGCUCCCGCUCCUCCUCUCGCUGCUCCCGGCGCCGUGCGCGAGGCGGGGCCGCCGGAGCCGCGCUCUUCGGGCCCGGAGCGGCCCUCGGAGCCGGCGGCCGGGGCCAUGGCCGAGGCCGAUCGGGAGCUGCGCGUCCCCUUCAUCGAGGCGGAGGAGACUCAGAAUGAGACUGAGACUGAGGAGGCGGCGGCGGGGGCGGCCGGCGGCGGAUGGCGCUGCGGGCGCUGCGCGGAAGGAGCCGCGCUGCGCUGGUGCAUCUCCGGGACGCUCUGCGCCUCCUUCCUGGGGCUGGGGAUGAUCAUCGCGGUGCUGGGUCCCACCUUCCCCACCCUGGCCGCCAAUGUCGGCAAGAACGUCAGCGACAUCUACUACAUCUUCGUGGGCCGGUCCUUGGGCUCCCUGGGCGGGUCGGUGGUCGGCGGGGUGCUCCUGGACUGCAUGAAUCCCUCUCUGCUGCUCGCCUUCUCCAUGCUUGGAACAGCAGCUGGUCUUUAUGUGAUACCCUGGUGUAAGCAAUCCCUGGUAUUGACCAUCUUGAUGUCAGUUAUUGGAGGUUUCUUGGGAAUUCUGGACACAGGUGCCAAUGUACUGGCACUGUAUACCUGGGGAUCAGAGGCUGGGCCACACUUGCAGGCUUUGCACUUCAGUUUUGCUGCUGGUGCAGUUUUGGCUCCUAUGGUGGCUCAAAUGGACUUGGGGAGUUCUACAUCUGAGGAACUUGCAAGGGAUGAAAAGACAAACCAGUCUGUCCUCAGGUCUGUGCCGACAGCAUCAGCUGCAUCAACUACAUCAGCACCGAAUGACCAUCACAAUGAGAGCUUUUUGUGGUCCUAUAUUUUCAUAGGGACCUAUAUUCUCUUAGUUUCCAUCUUCUUUUUUGCUUUGUUUUCAAAGAGCAGCUCAACUAGAGACAAAUCAAAGGCUUCUGCGCAGAAGGACAAGCUUGCCAAAUACCACUGGCCUCUCGUUGGUCUCCUGUUCAUGUUCUUCUUGUUCUACGUGGGAGCUGAGGUCACUUACGGCUCCUAUGUGUACACUUAUGCACUGGUCUUUGCUGAGAUGAAGGAAAGCGAAGCAGCCAUCCUGAACUCUGUCUUCUGGGGCACGUUUGCCGUGUGCAGAGGCGCGGCGGUGUUCGGCGCUGCUUUCCUGUCCCCUGCCACCAUGAUCGUGGUGAGCCUCCUGUGCUCCGCUGCCUCCUCCACUGCUCUGGCCUUCUUCGCCCACUACCGGGCCGUGCUGUGGGUGGGCACCGCCGUGUAUGGAGCGUCCAUGGCCACCGUCUUCCCCAGCGGCAUCGCCUGGAUCGAGCAGUACAUGGUGGUGGAAGGGAAAACGGCCUCUCUGUUCGUGGUGGGCGCGGCGCUGGGCGAGAUGUGCAUCCCCGUGGCGGUGGGCUAUCUCCAAGGCAGGCACCACCAGGUCCCUGUCGUUAUGUACACCACCUUUGCCACCUCCAUGGUGACACUCCUGCUCUUCCCCGCCAUGUACAAACUGGCCAACUGGCCCCAGCAGCGUGACUCGCAAGAAGUGAGCGACAGGGAGACCCGGAAAACUUUGUUGUCGAACUCGAGGCUCACUGAGGAUGAGGAGGAGGAGGAGCAGGAGCAGGAGAGAGAGUGGAAUGAUGCAGACUUUGAGGUAGUAGAAAUGAAUAACAAGCUGAAAAACUCUCUGAUGGACACCUCCUGUAGGAUAGCAGGGGACUCUCCAGCCGAAAUCUCUCUCCAGCCCCAUCUGGACAAUGCAUUGGGUGAUCCUCCAGUGGUUGCUGAUGGCUCCCCCAGGAGACAAAAUGGGAGUGUGGACUGGGAGAAGAGUGAAUAGAAUUAAAGCUGACUUUUUUUUAAAUGGAAAUGCAAUUGAAUUGUAGCUGUUGUCAAGUGGUUCGGGAGUUCUUUCAUAGUGGUGCAGAGUUCAGCAUGUUCAUUUUCCCAGUCCUUUCUCCUCUUUCAUUUUCAGCCUGCAGGGAUAUGUAUUGGAGUGGGAAGUUCCUCAGUGAUGUGAAAGGGGCAAAGUGAUAAAUGUUUGGCUAUGCCAAAACUGCUAAAAUGUAAAAGAUGCUUUCUAAAUAUGAGGCACGCAUCCAAGGAAGAGAUGCUGUAAUAACUGGGAAAGAAGGGGACUGCUCAGUUUUUUGAGGUGGGUGAAAGGUGCAGGUCUGAGAUGGUUUGUCACAAAAUGGUUUCAUGAGAGAGGAGAGACAUCGGUUACCAGUAAUGCUGAACUUUCUUACCUUGAGAAGGAGGAAUGUUUCUACUGUGUUUGAAAGUUGUGUGUGAUCAAAUCAGGUAAAAUUUCUGGUGAUGCCCAGCAGCUGUAAAUUGAAUAACCUUUUGGCAAACUACAGAAAUUUUUGGUUCUGAGACAAAGACAAGAAAAUAAUGGGAAUUAUUUCUUAGGAGUGAAACCUUGCCUUUGGGUCACUUAGAAGCAGUUUAUGAGAAAGGGCACAAAAUGGGCCAUUGUUUACCUGCUCAAAUGCAUAACUCCAACCUACUAAACAGUGGCAACAAAUCUAAAUAAUCUAAAGUAUUUUUCUAAUUUUAAUUAUGGCACUAAGGCUGAAAUCAACAAAUGUGCAGAGAAGACAAUAAAAUUAUCAUGUAAUCUU